GAGUAAACAAGAGUAGGAGAAAGCAAGAGAAAUUGAGUGAGAGCUCUUGUGAGAGAAAAAAAAGAGAGAAAUUGUGAGAAAAUUCUUGUGUAGAUUAAGAGAGAGUAUCAAGGAGAAUUUGGGAGCUUUUAUGUAUUGAAGAUGUGUUCAAAAUUCCCAACAAAAAUGAACGACGCUGUCCAAAAUCAUAAUAUAGAUGUCUGGAUACGGGGCCUUCCUGCCAAAUUUUCCUCAUGGCCCAAAAUUUUUCAAGUGCCUCCUUAUCUCCGCAACCUAAAUGAAAAAGCCUAUGAACCUAAACUCAUUUCCAUUGGCCCUUAUCAUCGCCAAAAAGAUCAUUUAAAAGCAAUGGAAACUCACAAGGGGCGUUUUCUAAAAGAUCUUCUUCAACGAACAGGGCAGAAUAGUGCUCAAAUAUAUGUGGAGGCCAUGAGAGGUAUGAUGGAAAAUGCUCGUAACUAUUAUGAGGAAUCUUUGGUUAUUUCCAAUGAAGAAUUUUUAAAAAUGAUGGUUCUCGAUGGAUGUUUUAUUGUCGAGCUAUUUUUCAAAUUAAUCAAAAAAAGCUUCAUCCAUUCCAUCCUAAGCUCGGACAACCAGAUUUGCUUCAAAAUUUUAACAGAUUUGAUACUAGUUGAGAAUCAACUUCCCUUUUUUGUACUAUGGAAGUUUUUACGCAUACCCUGUAAUAAUGAUCACCCCGGUAUUGGUGAAAUUAUUGAGUUGUUUGGAGAAGUAAUGCCAAAGCUCAAGCCUUGCCAAAGCUAUGGUGAAACAUCAAUAAACGGGGUCAAGCAUCUAUUAGAAUUAUUAUGCACCAAUUGGCUUUCUUCAGUAGGUUCAAUGACUGAACGCGAGCUAGAGAAAAGAGAUGUUAAUUGGGAUUUCAUUCGUUCUGCUACAAAACUAAGAGAGGCAGGAAUAAAGCUCAGAAAGGGUAAUGAAGACAACUUAUUUGAUAUAAAGUUUGAAAACGGGACACUUUACAUUCCACCUGUGAAUUUUGAAGAUCGGAUUGAGCUAUUUUAUUUCAAUAUCAUUGCCUAUGAACAGUUUGACAACAGUGGAUCUCAAAAACGCUUAACUGAAUAUGUAACUGUCAUGGAUUUUCUCAUUGAUACUGAGAAGGAUGUGGAGUUACUUUGUCAAAAAGAUAUCAUGUAUCACUGGCUUGGCACUGACGAGGCAGCUGCCAAGAUGUUUAAUAGGCUCGGAAGUGAACUCUUGAUCAACUCAGACUUCUUCUUUUACGCUAAGCUAUUUAAUAAUGUCAACAAACAUUGCCACGAGCCUUGGAACAGAAGGAUGGCAAGCUUGAGGCACAAUUAUUUCAACACUCCUUGGGCUUUGAUAUCCUUUUUUGCAGCAGCUUUCUUGCUUCUACUUACCCUCCUGCAAACAACAUUCACAAUUUUCCCUCGGUCUUGAAACUGCCUGAAACCUUUAGAAUGGAGGGAACAACGUGGAUCAUCAGCAGAUAGCAUCGAGGUCUGUGAGAAGUGCAAGGUGUUAAGAGUGCAUGCAUAGACUGGUUUGAACUGUUUUCAUAUAUAUCCUUCUGCGUCUUCCUUUAAUUAAUAAGUGUGUAUCUG